ACUCCUUCAAGUUUAGCCUCAAGCGAAGUGCAGAUACUCUCACCCAUCUCAAGAACAGAUUUGGUUAAAAGGGGCUGUUACAGGCUUCUUCUCGGCCACACCGGCUUCAAUGGCUGCCUCUGUGUCAUCACCACCAUCGCCAUUACUUGCCUCAUUUAGAAAAACCCAACCCAAAAAUUUUGCUCCCUCCAUCACCCACAACAAAAAGUUAAACUACUUCAACUCAAACCAAUGCUUGGCAUUUCAAUUUCAAACUUCUCACCAUCCGGGUUCUCUUUCUACCACUUCUCCAGUUUCUUCCGCUGCGACAAAAGCUGCUUCAGAUGGGUUUCCUGGCACAGUUGAAGAAGAUGAGGAGAUUGUGCCAUUUCCAGCGGAAAGACCUGUGAAAUUUCUCUUUUGGGUCGUAUUCUGGGCGUCUCUGUCUCUUGCUGUGUUUGCAGCCUGUGGUGAUGCCGAUGCUGCCGUCGAUUCCGUCAGAACUUCAAGCUUCGGUCUCAAGAUAGCGGCGGCACUUCGGAGCUCGGGCUGGCCCGACGAGGCCGUGGUCUUUGCCCUCGCCACGCUUCCGGUGAUUGAGCUUCGCGGAGCUAUCCCUGUUGGAUACUGGAUGCAACUCAGGCCAACAAUCCUAACCGUCUUAUCUGUUCUUGGGAACAUGGUUCCUGUGCCAUUCAUUGUACUCUAUUUGAAGAGGUUUGCAUCUUACUUGGCUGGAAGGAAUCAGUCUGCCUCUGGGUUACUUGGAACGCUUUUAGAGAAUGUCAAAAGGAAGGCUGGCCCUGUGGAAGAGUUCAAGUGGUUGGGUCUUAUGUUGUUCGUGGCCAUUCCCUUCCCUGGAACAGGAGCAUGGACAGGUGCCUUCAUAGCUUCUGUUCUUGACAUGCCAUUCUGGCCUGCUGUGUCAGCAAAUUUUUGCGGUGUUGUUCUGGCUGGGCUUCUAGUAAACUUGCUGGUGAACCUUGGGAUCAAGUAUGCCAUUGUAACUGGUAUUGUUCUCUUCUGUACAUCCACAUUCAUGUGGAGUGUCCUUCGAAAUCUUAGGCCUUUGAGCUCAUCAAAUUGAUGAAUAAAUAGAUCUUUUUUUUU